GCCGGAGCGGCUGAGUCACACGUCACAGCAACACAUCAGACCCGCCUUCUCGUCAGGCCGGAUCGACAGGAAGAUGGAGGCGAGCGCGGGCAUCCGGCCGCGGCCCGGUGCCUGGGCCGGGCUCGAGAAGCCGCGCGGCGGCGGCGCUUACUCUGCAAGGGUCCCGGCGGUGAGGCUCACGGCGGAGAAGCUGCCGCCGAGGCUGGCUCUGGGAACCGAUCCGCGGAGGAGCGCGGAUCCUGUGCUCCGUGCCGCCAAGCUGAAAGCUUCGUGUUGUAAGAAACCGGCAGGUACUGAAAAGGUCCACUACUCUGCUGAUGAAGCUCUCAUACUACAGCAAAAAGCCCAGGAUGUUCUCCCUUACUUGGAUGGCCGAUGCGUUUAUCUAGUUGGAAUGAUGGGUUCAGGCAAAACUACAGUUGGGAAGAUAUUAGCUGAAGUACUAGGUUAUUCAUUCUUCGACAGUGAUAAGUUGGUAGAGAAGGCUGUCGGUAUAUCAUCUGUUGCUGAGAUUUUUCAGCUCCACAGUGAAGCGUUCUUCAGAGAUAAUGAGAGUGAGGUCCUAAGGGAUUUGUCAUCAAUGCAUCGGUUAGUUGUUGCAACUGGAGGUGGUGCCGUGAUCCGACCAAUCAAUUGGAGUUACAUGAAGAAAGGGCUGACUGUGUGGUUAGAUGUUCCACUGGAUGCACUUGCAAGAAGGAUUGCUGCCGUGGGAACUGCAUCUCGGCCCCUCUUGCAUCAGGAAUCUGGUGACCCAUAUGCAAAGGCUUAUGCAAAACUUACAUCACUUUUUGAGCAAAGAAUGGACUCAUAUGCUAAUGCUGAUGCCAGAGUUUCACUUGAACAUAUUGCAUUAAAACAAGGGCAUAAUGACGUCACUAUACUUACACCUAGUACCAUCGCCAUUGAGGCAUUGCUAAAGAUGGAAAGUUUUCUUACUGAGAAGGCCAUGGUCAGAAACUGACCACUUGUUGCUGGGGAAAAGGACACUGACAGCAUAUGGCCCCUGUUUGUUUAAUUGUACUUGUACAUAUGCCUUUGCAUGAGCUCUUUUUACAGUACUAUUAGAUUGUUGUUCACGCAACAUAAAAAAUGAUUAUUUGAGUUUGUACUUGUGCAAAUGAAUAAGAGAAUAGUUUUAAGUAAA